GGCGGCAGUGGAAGACGGGAGGGAGGGUGCAUGCCGUGUGGCCAGUCGACUCGUGACCUCUGAAGGGUGUGCCGAGGCGUGCUGCUGCCGCGCCCACACACCCCCGCACGCCUGCCGCCCAUGCCCCUUCUUGGCUGCCUGCCUGCACCUCCUGCCGUGAUCGGUGCCGAGCGUUCUGAGUGCUGAGUGGACAUGGCCUGCUGACGAGGCUGUGCGCGCGGGAAGUCAGUUAUUUUUUCGCAUUCAAAUCGCGGUGAGGGUUCUAGUAGAUGCUAAGCUUGGUGCGGCGAUGCAGGCCGUGAUGUAGCACCGACGCGGGCCCACAAGAGUACUGUUGUGAAGAGAUCGUGACCUGUAGAGAGAGACACCGCUGGGACGCGCGCGGAGACGAUGACGGGCGUGACACCCCCACUGAGACCGUGCGUGAGGGGAGCAGCGAGGCGCCCUGUGGUGAUCUUCGUAUUAGCCUGUGUCCUGGUAACUCUGCCCGCCCUUAACGCCGUGAACUACAAGAAUGAUCGCUUCAAUGAGUUCCUUAACUACGGGAAGAAAGUUGUCAAGCCCGGGGAGGAGAUUGGCAAUGAAAUUAUCAAGUCCAAGGUGGAGGUGCUCGGGGAACUCUUCAAGCAGCACGUGCACGGCCUUCGUCAGUAUCCCAAUCAACGCAUUGAACUCGUCUUCUUGGUGGAUGCCUCGGCUUCAGUUGGGGCGGAAAACUUCUUCAAUGAGAUCAAGUUCGUCAAAAAACUCUUAGCGGACUUCGCCGUCUCCUAUAACCAGACGAGGGUGGCUGUCAUCACCUUCUCCAGCAAACACAAGGUAAUUCGUCAUAUUGACCACGUGACUCAGGCCUCAGAACAAAACCACAAAUGUUCACUGAUGGAGAGGGAGCUUCCGAGGAUCAGAUACUCCGGGGGCGGCACCUACACCCUUGGGGCACUCCUUGAGGCUCAGAGCAUCAUUGCCCUUGCCAGACCUGAUGCUAUGAAGGCAGUCUUCUUGGUGACUGAUGGCUACAGUAAUGGUGGGGACCCCAGGCCUGCUGCUGCCUUCCUGCAAGCCAGAGGGGUCCGGAUAUUUACGUUUGGCAUCCGGAAUGGCAAUGUCAAGGAGCUUUAUGACAUGGCCUCUGUCCCGAAGGAGGAACACUCAUACAUCCUUGAUUCCUUUGAGGAAUUUGAGGCAUUAGCAAGGAGAGCACUGCAUAAGGAUCUGCACAGCGGUGUAUACAUGGAGCAGGACAGACGUGCAUGCCUCAAGCUGUGCCAGGGUGGAGAGCUGAACAACUGUUGUGACAUCUAUGCUUCUUGUACCUGUGGCACUCACACGGGCCACUAUGCCUGUGCCUGCCGUGAGGGCUACUAUGGCACAGGUCUGCGUGGUGACUGCAGGGCAUGUCCAGCUGGCACGUACAAGAACACACAGACCCCUGGGGAUGUGUCCACCUGCCUGCCGUGUCCAGACCCCAAUAUGCUGAGCUCCUCAGGGUCCACCUCUCGCCACCAGUGCUACUGUAAACGUGGCUACACUCAGAUUGGAAUGAAGUGCACCAUGAUGCAGUGCCCAGUACUCAAGCCACCUCAGAAUGGAUAUUUUGUGCGCAAGACAUGUGGCAAUGUGGUGAAUGCAGCUUGUGGCAUCCGCUGCAAAUCUGGCUACACACUGCAGGGCUCCUCCAUCAGGCUGUGUGGCGAGGAUGGGGUCUGGAGCGGUGGUGAUGCACAUUGUGUCAUGAAAUCAUGCCAGGAGCUCCAUGCCCCUGCCAAUGGGACUGUGCAGUGCUCCCAGGACCAGCCCACCAUAGACACUGAGUGCACCUUUGCUUGUGAUCCCGGGUUCCAGCUGGUGGGCUCACAGGUCAGGACUUGCUUGCCAGUAGCUAUGUGGGACGGCAUCCCUGCCUAUUGCAAACCAAUCUUCUGUCCCAGCCUGCCACCUCUUCAUCAUGGGAGAGUCAGCCCAGCCUCCUGCUCAUCCCCCAGACCCAAGUAUGGCAUCAACUGUGAAUACACAUGUAACCCAGGCCACCAGUUGACUGGGCCAAGGAGUACCAGUUGUGUCAGCCUUGGUGUAUGGUCUGCUAGGGGCAAGACCACCAGAUGUGUUGAUGUGACCCCGCCUGUCAUCCAGUGUCCUGCCAACAAAACGGUGGCCACAGAGCCCCAUGAGAGCUAUGCCUUGGUCCGCUGGGAUGGCCCACACAUCACAGACAACGCAGGGGAUCAGUAUGUGGGAGUGGCGUCCAUUCCUGUGACCACCCAGCCCAUGAAGCUCUCCAUUGGAACACACACAAUCACUUACCUGGCCAAGGACAAGAUGGGCAACAGAGCCUCAUGCAAGUUCUCCAUCACAGUUUUGGAUGAGGAGGCCCCAAGGGUGGACUGGUGUGAGUCACCACCCAUCUUCCUUUCCCAUGAAGAGGAUGUUGAUGUGUAUUGGGAGGAGCCAAUCUUCUCAGACAAUUCAGGCAAGGAGGUCCAGGUUACUAGGUCGUUAGACCCAGGACGGUUCCCUCAAGGUGACACGCUGGUGGAGUACCUGGCUGUGGAUGAGGCAGGAAACACAGCUGUAUGCAACAUCACCAUCACUGUGCAGAAGCAUGCCUGCCAACUGCCAGUAGAUCCCAUCAAUGGUGCUGCCAACUGUACUGAGAACCCGUCUGCCAUCUUCUGCACCCUCACAUGUUAUGAUGGCUAUGCCUUUGCCAUGAGGCCACAGCAGGAUUACUUCUGUGCCUAUGAUGGUGUUUGGCUCCCAGAUGACAACCCAAUUCCAUUCCCAGACUGUUCAGUGACGUCAGUGUCAAACAGCAUUGCUCAGGAAGGAGAACUAGCACUGGAGGAUGAUGGCUCUGUGUGUGAUGACAUCUUCCUUAUGGGACAGGUGGAGAACCAGCUGGAACAGAGACUAGAGGAGGCCCUGAACUCAAUGUGCAAUGAGGAUGUGGUGUGUGAGGUGGCAGCAGUGGAGGCAGUGUGUGAAGAAAUUCUAUCUGAGGCAGAAGAAGAAUUCAACUCAGUUGACUUCUUCAGGAGAAAACGGUCCAUUCCCAUACCUUUUGUCCUUGACGAAUCCCUGGAGCCUGGCUGGAAGUACUGGAUCCGAGACAGUGCCAAUACUCAGGUCAAGAGGGUCAGAAGAGGAGCUCUGGAAUUCAUCAACCGUGAGGACCUGGAAGUCUUAACACGACACAAGAGACAGUUUGGAUUCUCGCUGGACCACAUUUUCCUUGGUGAAGGUCAGACCACCACCACUCCCUCUCCCAUGGUGCAGGAGACUGACAGCAACAAGAUUGGUCCGCUCAUUGAUAUUGUGUCGCGGUCUAUGGGGUCUGAUAUUGGUUCAGUCCAGUUUGCCUCCUUCCUGGCUAACCUCAAGGCACAGAAUGGUGCAUUCUCCUCUGAGGACUUCCUGACAGCCUUUUCUGAGAAAUUUGGUGAACAGAAACUUAGAGCCUUGCAAGAGCUGGCUGGAGGAAAGUUUGGAGUUACUAGUUUCUCGACAAAUUCCUCUUCCUCCUUCUCUUCCUCCUUUUCUUCCUCCUCUUCUUCUAUCACAAGUAGCCAGAGUGUGGAGUCUGGUUCCCCUGAUGAUCUCCAGCAGCUUCCAAGUAUUACAAAAAAGGCCUUCAAGCUGCAGUUCAAAGUACAAGGUCAUGGGUCAGGGGCUUCCAACCAGCUUCAGGAGGCCCUUGGAGAGCUACUGCAGGCUGCUGAGUCAGGACAGCUCGACCUGGACUAUGGAGAGCAGCAGUUACGUGUGGCAGUGAUCCGUCUGAGGGAAGACAUAGAAUAUGUGUGUGAGGCUGGCAGUAUUCCAAGAGAAGGGGGCAGGUGUGUGAAGUGUCCUGUGGGAACCUUCUUCAAUGUCAUCUUGCGGGAGUGCCAGCCAUGUCCCCAGGGAUCCUUCCAGCCAGAGGAAGGCCAGGUGUCUUGCCUUGUGUGUCCUGCCAACACUUCCACCAAGGCCAGCAAUGCCAAGAGUGGUGCUGAUUGCAAAGCUCAUUGUUUGCCUGGAACAUUUUCUGAGGAUGGCCUUGAGCCGUGCACCACCUGUGAGUUAGGCCAGUACCAGGAUGAAUACUCCUCACUCUCCUGUGCCAGCUGUCCCCAUGGCACCACCACCUGGCGCCGUGGCACCUGGGUCAUUGACGAGUGUCGCCCGAUGUGCCUUCCUGGGCAGGUAUCAAACACAGGGCUGGAACCUUGCUACCAUUGUCCCCGUGGGCACUUCCAGGAACAGGAGGGACAGAAGGAGUGUCUCAGAUGUCCAGGAGGAGGCAGCACCCCGGACCGUGGCACUGCCUCCAUGUACCAGUGUGAUGGAGUGUCCCCAGAUGACCAGGCUGUGUACAACACUCUAGAGACAGUGCCCAUCAAUGACUGCUUCAGUGAACCCUGCCUUAACUCAGCCACUUGUGUUUCCAUGACUUCUGGUUAUGCGUGUGAGUGCUCAUCCGGCUUCUCAGGUGAACAAUGCCAGACUGAGGUCAAUGAGUGUGAGAGUGAACCGUGCUUGUACAAUGGCACCUGCACUGACCAGCUCAACAGCUUCCACUGCAACUGUCUGCCUGGCUUCACAGGGCCUCAGUGUGAGGUAAACAUUGAUGAGUGUGACUCUGACCCCUGCCAGAAUGGUGCUGCUUGUGUUGACCUCAUAAAUGCCUUCAAGUGUGUCUGUGAGUCAGGAUACACAGGUGAGGUGUGUGACAUAGACAUAGAUGAGUGUGCUGCAAAUCCCUGUGCUGAGGGUGCCACUUGUCAGGACCUCCUUAAUGACUUCACCUGCCUCUGUCCUCCGGGAGAUACUGGUCGCUUCUGUGAGACUCACAUCAAUGAGUGUGAGUCAUCGCCUUGCCUCCAUGGCUUGUGCCUGGACCAAGUCAAUGAGUUCAAGUGUGUGUGUGAACCAGGAUACACUGGAACCACCUGUGAAGAGGACAUAAAUGAGUGUGCCUCUCAGCCAUGCCAGAAUGGUGCCACAUGUCUUGAUGAAAUCAGUGCAUUCUCCUGCACCUGUCCACCUGGGUUCUCUGGUACACUGUGUGAGAAUGAAAUCUCCACUGAUUUCUUCUUGGAGUUCCCCUCAUCUGGCAUCCUAGACUAUGUGUCUCUGGAAGGCUUCUCACAAUCUUUGGACAGUUUUUCUUUGUGUUUAUGGAUGAAGACUGAUGACCUGAACAAUUACGGCACACCUUUCAGCUACGCCACAGAUUCUCAUGAUAAUGCACUCACUCUCACAGACUACAGUGGGUUUGUGCUGUAUGUGAAUGGUGACAAGCAGAUCACUGACGUGCGGAUCAAUGAUGGCUUGUGGCACCAUGUAUGUGUCACCUGGACUUCAGCUGAUGGUGCCUGGAUCGUCUACCUUGAUGGAAUCCUGAUUGACAGUGGCACUGGUCUAGCAAAUGGCACUUCUAUUGAAGGGCAUGGUGUGCUGGUGCUGGGGCAGGAGCAGGACCAGCGGGGUGGUGGGUACAGCCCCCAGGAGAGCUAUGUGGGCCAGCUCACUCAUGUCAACUUGUGGGCUGAGGUGCUCCCCUAUCACCAGGUCCGCCACAUUUUCCACCAAUGUGAACGAUAUGUCGGGUCAGUGGUCGGCUGGCCAGACUUCCAGUGGGGCAUCAAGGGCCAGGUUAUGGCUCAAGUGUCAACAUUCUGCCGGGGUUGUGGUGUGCCCCGAGUACCUCAGGAUGGCACCCUGACUAGAAAUGGGACACAGGCAGGAGACAUUGCCACAGUCAGCUGCAAUGAAGGCUUCAAGCGAUACCAAGGUGAUAGGGAGCGGACCUGUCUGGUGUAUGGCAGCUGGUCGGGGGAAGAGCCAGAGUGCCGAGCUGUGUCAUGUGGCUUCCCUGGACAUCUGACCAAUGGGUAUGUUGAGGGGAGAAGUUACAAGUAUGGAGACACUGUUGUGUUUACCUGCAAUCCUGGGUUUAUGCUUAUAGGGGAGGACAGGAGCAUUUGUCAAGCUGAUGGCAAGUGGAGCAAUGAGCUUCCAAAGUGUGACGUGAUCAUGUGUCCAAACCUGAGUGCUGGGCCUCAUGGGCAGGUUACUACUAGGAUUGGGGAAUACUUGCCCACCAAUGAGAUCAAGUUCCAGUGUGAGGAGGGCUAUCAGAUGGAUGGACCCAGCACUCUCGUCUGUGGUGGGGAUGGUGAGUGGAAUGGUGAGGCCCCACAGUGCCAGUCCAGAACAUGUGGUGAGAUUCCCAGUAUUUCCCAUGGGUACAUUGAGGAAGGAUGGGCAGAGGUGAGGCCAGGGGAGCAGGUAGUGGUGAGAUGUGAGCCAGGCUACAAGUUGAGAGGUGAUCCUUUCAUUACUUGUCAAGAAGAUUCCACUUGGUCCGUCCCGCUGCCCAAGUGUACCGAGCCUAAGUGCCCCAAGCCACCACCAGUUGAGAAUGGUUUGGUAAAGGUACGUGCCUCAUGGAGUGAAGAUGGGACAACUGGCCAAGCUGCUGUGUACAAGUGCAAUCGUGGCUAUGAGUUGGUGGGGGCCAAGGCACUCAAUUGUGGUGAUGAUGAGCAGUGGGAUGGUCCAUGGUCCUCUUGCUUGCCUAUGCCAUGCCCUACUCCAGAGGUGCCACCCCAUGGCAUCUUGCCAGAGCGCGAUGUGUGGCGGGUUGAUGAUGUUGCAGAGUACAAGUGCCAGGAGGGCUUCAGCCUCCAUGGUGCUGCCUCUCGCACCUGCAUCAGUUAUGGGUUUGAAGCAGGAUGGGGAGGAGAUGUCCCUGAGUGUAGAGUCAUAAAGUGUCCUCCAGUUCCCAAACCCCAGUAUGGAAUUGUGUAUGUGUCCUAUCAUCCUCCUCCACCGCCCAGCACUGCCCUAUUCAACAUCCCUGUAGUUGAAUCAGAAGGUCUUGUGCCGAGAAACAAGAGGCAAACCAUUUUGUUUCCAGGUGAACAGGAAGACUACCCAGACUUCCCUGAGCCAGCUCAGUCAAAUGAUCUAGGUCAAGCAUAUUAUGGCCAGACUCAUGAUCCAGAUUAUUAUGGUCAAUCAACUGGUAUCUUCAGUCAGUCUUCUGAUGGCUUUGGUGAAUUUGGGCAAUCUUCUGAUGGCUUCAGUGAAUAUGGGCAAUACUUUGAUGUCAAUGACUUAAAUCAAGCAGAGGACAGUUUCACCAUCAGUAACACUAAUGGAGGCUUGACAAUUGGCCAGAAGCAGCAGCAGCAGGAAGUGAUUGAAGUGUUAGAGAAUAAUCUUUAUGAUACUGAGGUGGAGUAUGACUGUCAGCCUGGCUACAAGCUCAUUGGUGCUCGCCGCCGCCGUUGCACUGAGACUGGGGAGUGGGAUGCCCCUGAACCAAUCUGCUAUGAAGAGUAUUGCUCCACACUUCCUGUAGUGCCCAACAGCCACAUUGUUUACACUGGCUCGAGCGUAAAUAGUCGUGCAGAAUACGUAUGUAAUGAGGGCUACACAUUCGAGGGAGAUGAUUUUGAACUCUUAUGCCAGCCUGACAAAACAUGGCUAGGGGCCCUGCCAACCUGUCAAGUGAUGGACUGUGGCCAGCCUCUGCCAAUUGGCAAUGGCACUGUAGAAGUGUCAUCAACAACAUUUGGUUCUGUAGCAGUAUAUGAUUGUUACUUUGGUUUUGUCAUUGAAGGGAGCACCGAGCAGUACUGUGAUGGCUACGGAUUUUGGAAUGGAACUCGGCCACGAUGUGUGGCAGUUACAUGCACAGUGCCACCACUUAUAAUCAAUGGAUACAUAGCAUAUGAGGGUAAUAUGUAUGUUGAUUCCCAGAUUGAGUACGAGUGUCAAGAAUGCUAUAAACUAAAUGGCACUCGCUUCAGAACCUGCACAGUGGAUGGUCUCUGGACCCUGGAAGAACCUUCUUGUAACCUUAUCUACUGUGAACCCUUGCCAAGUAGCAUACCCAAUGGCCGAGUGAUUGGCAGUGAUAACGCCUGUGGAUCUCUUGUGGAGUAUGAGUGUUCAGCAGGAUAUGAACUGAAAGGCCGACAGAAAGCAACCUGUUUGGAAAAUGAAAUGUGGAGUUCUCCUUCUCCAACUUGUGAGAGGGUGAGCUGUGGUGCUCCACCACUCCUGGGUAAUGGUAGACUUGUUGGGGAGUCAUUCCUCUUCACUGACAAAAUCACAUAUGAGUGUGAUGAAGGGCAUCUGCUCAGGGGAAGCAGUGUUCGAGUUUGCCAGGCUAAUGCCACCUGGUCAGAUUCAUCAACACGUUGUGACAUUUUGAAUUGCACUACUCUGGAAGCACCAACUAAUGGAGUAGUUUAUGUGACUGAUGAGUCUUUUGGAUCUUAUGCAAGUGUGAGGUGCAUCCCUGGUUUUCGUGCUGUAGGGGAGACUACCCUUCUGUGUGAUGCAACAGGACAUUGGAAUAAAGACGUGCCUUACUGUGUCCCAGUCAAAUGCCCUCCUGCACCCAAGCCAUUGCAUGCUACAUACAACUCAAGUGAAACAGAGUUUACUGCCUUUACGACAUUGAGCUAUGAGUGUGAGGAAGGCUUCACCACAUCCUCUUGGAGCACACUGUUGACCUGUAGCUCUGAAGGUGAGUGGAGUGGAGAAGUAAUAGAGUGCAAUCCAAUUGUAUGUGGGGACCCUGGAACAUUGCCUCAUGGAUACAUCUCUGGCACUGAAUAUACAUUUGGCAAGGAGGUGAAAUUUUCAUGCAUGGAAGGUUAUAGGCUCCUAGGGGCACCUUCAGCUGAGUGCCAGGCUGAUGGCACAUGGAGCAACUAUGCUACAUCCUGCCUAAAAGUUACAUGUCCUGAACCAGAACAGAUUGAGUUUGGCAAUCUGGUGGCAGAUGAUGUUGAUGGCUCCUAUGGUACCUCAGUGACUUAUCAUUGCAAUGCUGGCUACUUAUUAAAGGGUCAAUCCAACCGGGUGUGUGGGGCUGAUGGUGUAUGGAUGGGAGGUACACCCACUUGCCAGCCAGUUACUUGUCCUGAACCCGAAGAGGCCUUGCAUGCAGCAGUGUCUGGGGAUGUUUAUGAGUACAGCCACAACAUUACCUAUACCUGCUAUCAGGGUUACUACAUGGUUGGAGAAGGUGUGUUGAAGUGUCAAGCUGAUGGGACUUGGUCUGGCAGAACUCCUAUCUGUGAAAUGAUCACCUGUCCAGCAUUACCUGAUAUUCCACAUGGAAACUGGACCAGGAAGAAGUUCAGUGAAUUCCCUAUCAAAACUGAGCCACAAGCAGAGGCAGUGGUGAGGAAUACAUUACCAGCACACAAGAGGGGUAAGAAAGGACAAAGAAGGAGCAAAGAACUUUCCCGUCUUCAAGGUCUCCUGGCAAAUCAGGAACAAGAAGCUUUGAUAUUUGAGUAUGGUGAAGAGGUGGAAAUUACAUGUAACAAUGGCUACUCUAUGGCCUCCAGUGGCUUACUGGUGUGCACAGAAAAUGGAUGGAGUGCCGAGAUCCCUCAGUGUCAUCCAGUAUCCUGUCCAAUCCCCAUAAAGAUUCGACAGGGUACUGUGACUGGUAAUGACUACUCUUUGGGUGCCACCAUCCACUAUGAGUGUGAUGAAGGCCAUGAACUCUUUGGGGUGGCCUCUCGAACUUGCCAAGAAAAUAAAGAGUGGACAGACAUUGAGCCAUAUUGUAGAAUCACAGAGUGCCCAAGACCGGCUCACCUAGAGAAUGGACAGACACUUGGGGACAGCAUCACAUACCAGUCAGUGCUGAGCUACAUGUGUGACUCAGGCUUCAGGCUGGAGGGAGUGGAGACCAGGACCUGCCAGAGUAAUGGGUAUUGGAGUGGGGAGCAGCCGGUGUGUGUGGAGCUGUUCUGUGACAUACCAGCUGAGGUUCCUCAUGCUAUUAGGGACAUUGUGGACCUCAAGGUUGGAGGCACAGUGCGCUAUGACUGUGUUGAGGGAUACCACAUGCAGGGCCAGGCUGUUCUCAACUGUGUGCAGGAAGGACGCUGGGAUGCCAUACACCCUCGCUGCAUCCAAGUUGACUGUGGGCCACCACCCUUGGGAGACAAUGUGGUGGUGGAAGGCAACAGCACCACCUAUGGAUCCCAGGUAACAUUCCAGUGUGAGCGAGGCUAUCGUCUGGAAGGGCCAGAAUGGAGUACCUGCGUACAGUCUGGAAGAUGGACGGCUAAUGCACCUAUGUGUGAGCCUGUCCUGUGCCCUGAUCCUGCAUCUAUUCCAAAUGGAUACCUUGUGGAGGAAGAAGAGACUGCUGUAGAAGAGAAAGUUGAGCAAGAUGUGGAUGAUGAAGUUGAAACCUUUAGUUUGUUCCCACAACAACAUCGGGAACCAAAGAACAAGAAAAAAGGCAAAAAGGGUAAAAAAAAGAAGAACAAGAAGCUAAGUAGGAUGGUGCAAAAAGAAUACAGAGUAGAUGAUGAAGUCACUUGGGCCUGUGAUGAAGGUUUUGAAGCCAAGGGAUUGACAAAGGCUGUGUGUCUUGAGUCUGGAAGAUGGUCGACUGAACCUCCUCGUUGCCGACGCGUGUCCUGUGGGCCUCCAAGUCUACCUGAUAAUGCUGUUGUUGAUGCUGUGACCUUUGUCUAUGGGAGUGCCGCCAACUAUACCUGUCGUGAUGGAUAUGUCAUGCAGGGAGAAGGAGUGCUUCGGUGUGAAGCUGAUGGGACCUGGAGCUCCGAGGCACCCACCUGCGCUCCAGUGCUUUGUGGACAUCCCUCCAAUCCUCUCAAUAUCAGUACACACUUCACUGUGGCAGAGCAUGGCCUGAAGUAUGGCUACAGCUCCACCGUGACUUAUUCCUGUGCUCCUGGCUAUGAGCUUCAAGGAGGAGAGUAUCAGGUGUGUGAGGCAGACGGGACAUGGCGUGGUGAUGCCCCAGUCUGUGUGGAAAUGAUCUGUGACACUCUUCCCAUCCUGCCACAUGGUAAGGGGCUCCUGAAUGAGGGAAUAUGGCCCCUGGUUGCCAGUCUUACCUGUGAUUAUGGUUACAACCUGACUGGAGAUACCAUUGCCUUCUGCCAUCAGGGUCAAUGGAUGGAGUUCAAUACCACCUGUGAGCCAGUGAACUGCUUUGAGCCUGAAGUGCCACCUUAUGGCAAGAUCACGGCCAAGCACUUUAGUUUUGGAAGCAUUGCCAACUACUCCUGUAUGUACGGCUAUAUGUUGGUGGGUAACCCGUCUGUGGAGUGUGACGCUGACAGUACCUGGAAGGGCGAGAUCCCAGUGUGUUUGCCAGUUGACUGUGGUGGCCUAAAGGUUCCUAGCAAUGGAAGGCUGGACUACUUUUCUACUGUGCUGCACUCCAAGGCAUGGUAUUACUGUGAUGCAGGAUACCAGGUCUUUGGGGAAGCAGUCAGAACCUGCACUGCUAAUGCUACCUGGAGUGGAAAUGAUCCCCAGUGCUUCCGAAAGGAUUGCGGAGAGAUGAAGGCCCCCAAGAAUGGAUAUGCAAUGGGUAUUGGUACACAGUUUGGGGAGGAGGUCAGGUUCAGGUGUGAGGAAGGUUAUAUGCUUCAAGGAGAAGCUUUGGUCACUUGCCAGGUCUCGGGAGAAUGGUCGGCACUCACACCAACCUGCCAGCCUGUGAGUUGUGGACAGCCUCCUGCACCGCCCAACAUGGCCAGCCUGUCCUUCUCCUUCACCUCCCCCAAAGUGUACGAGGACCGAAUCUUCUACUCUUGUCUGGAUGGAUUUAUCAUGCGUGGUGACCUGAGCUCUACCUGCCAGAAGAAUGGCCAAUGGUCUCGUGUUAGAGGGAAAUGCUCCAAGGUGUCAUGUGGAAGACCAAGAGUGAACACUGAAGGCAUUGUGAUCAUUGGGAGGUCAUUCUACUACAAGGACAGAGUGAGGUAUCGCUGUCCUCCAGGCAAGGUUACCAAUGGAUCAUCAGUACUGACCUGCCUGGAUGAUGGGUCAUGGUCAGAAGUGCCAUCCUGUGUCUCAAACUGUGGGCGUCGCUGCCUCAACGGUGGUGUGUGUCUCACCAACCAUGUGUGUUCCUGUCGCCCGGGUUAUGUUGGGGACCACUGCCAGUAUGCUCAGUGUAUUGCGCCGUGUCUGAAUGGAGGUACCUGCAUUGCCCCAUACAAGUGCAGCUGCCAAGAUGGCUACACUGGCAACCGUUGCCAGACACCUCUUUGUCCGCUGCCGUGCCUGCAUGGUGGCGUCUGCACCGGUCCACACCGCUGCACCUGCCUUCCAGGAUAUACUGGGUACCGAUGUGAGAAGACUGUGUGUGAGGGUGGGUGUGGGUAUGGUGGCAAGUGCAUCGGCCCCAAUGUGUGUCACUGCACUGAUGGAAGCAUUGCACCAGCCUGCCAUGAUGACUAUGAGUAUGACUACAGCUAUUAUGGAGGCUAUGAUCAGGAUAGCACCAUCUUAGAAGUGCCAGACCUGGAGGAUGUGGCCUACAUCACAGCAGCCUAGUGUGGACCCUUCUCAUUGACUAGACCAUUGAAAUCGAUGGCAUUUAUUUAUUUAUAUACAAAAAAGGUAGGUUAGGUAAAGAAAAUAUAAGAGAUCUAAUGUUUAUGUAGUACAGUACAAGGACAAGCAAGAAAGAAAAUACACUUUGUGGUUAAUACUUUCUGAUGUUCCCCUUAGUGAAGACUGUAAGGCAUGGAAUGGAGAAAAGACUGAUUGAAGUGAAUUGUGAAGGCUACUGUGGGUGUGCUAUGCUGAGUGAGAAGACAACAUUAGACAUAAACAGUGUUCUCUGAUUUUCCCAGCUGAAUACACUCCAGGUUUCUCAUAGAACCAGGAUGUAUGACAAAGUUAAUGUUUAAUGAGGUGAGACACAAAAUGAAAAUAAUGAGGUCUAGGUGAAAUGGACCUAUUAUAUUUAUUAUGAAAUUUGUUUGAGAAUUACUAAGAUUGAGAUUAUAUACACAUGCAAUAAAUAUAAUGUAUGUGAAGAACCUAUACAUUUUCAUUUGCCAUUUUGUUACAAGUAUUUUGAUUUACAAGGGUGAUUUGAUCAAGAUUGUUGACAACUGUCAUUGUCCUUAUUGAGUUUCCUAUUUUAGUAAAAGAAAUCUUGAUGACUUUUAUAUUUCUGGAAUUAUUUGUAUAAAGAUAAAAAUUGCUACACUGACUGCCUCAUGGGCAAGAUAUGUCUGGAUAUAGAAAUUCUCAUUAUAUAGAAAAGGAGAAAAAAAAGAAAUAUCAUGUAUAUAUAGCAUUGAUAUGUAAUAAAAAACCCUAUGUAUAGUAGAGUAGUGAUUAGACAUUAUAGAGUAGCACAGUGAUGUGAUUUUUAUAAUGAACCAGAAUUUAUAACAGGAAAUGAUAAAGAUAUGUUUCAUGAAC